UUAAUUCUAAGUCAAGCCUCCCGUACACUUCCCUCAGCAACUACCGCGGCUGAAGGAGGUGCAGUUUCCAUCGGUCCGUGAACGCACCAACAGCAUAGCGGGAAACGAAGAAGAAGAAGCUCCAAAAUGGAGGACACGGUUUCUGACGGUGCCUUGAAACCUCCCAACAAACGUCGACGAGUCCUGGACCCAUCAUCCAUCGUCCCGGUGCCGGUCUACUCCAGCAGGGUGAACAACAGUCUACAGCUGAGACCAAUGACGUCUUUCUCCACAGAGCCUCAGAUGACAGAUGAUGGCGCUGAUGACUUUUUGUGGUCAGAGUUCUCCCCCUCUCUGAGAAAGUUGCCUGCAGUCACACUCAGUGACUCAGAGGAGGAAGAAGGAGAACAUGUGGAGGAGAAACCAGAGACAAAACGCGUGGUCUUCUCUCCAUCUCCUCCUCCUCCACUUCCUGCUCCUGAAAGUCCAGUCCACAAACAGUCCAAACAUGUUCGCAAGAAGAUCAGUGAGGUGGAGCAUCAACUACAGCAGGCCCUGCUUUCUCCAGAACCUCAGGGUCACAGGGCAUCCAGACGCCGGCGCCGACAAGGCAACCGCCGCGGCCAAGAGUCCUGGUCAUCGGCGUCACAGGAUGGGGAGAAAAGUGACGAUGACGUCAUCAUUGUAAACUCACCACCACAGACCUGCACCGAGCGGGAAAUCCCCCUGAAGAUCCGCUGUCGGACUGAGGUCCACAAGAUUCCCGUCCUGCCUUCCACUCCUCUGAGCCAAGUUCUCACUCGACUCUCCUCCAUCCUCAACGUCCCCCCCUCUGCUCUGCUCUUGCUCAGGGAGGAGUUGGAACUCCCUCAGGACUCCAGUGUUGGAGAACUCGGCCUCGGCAUCACAGACAUUUUAGCGUCCAUCAUGUCUCGGGCCGAGACCAUGUCAGACACGGUGCCGUUCUUUUCCGAUGAUAGCGAGACGGAGCCUCAGGAGGACGGUGGCAGCAGCACGGUGGCGCAGGGACCGCAGGAGGAGCAGCCCAGCGGCGUGUCCAAAGUCCGAGCCCUGCUGACCGUCUUCAUCCUCUGCUACAUCAACCUGCUCAACUACAUGGACCGGUUCACAGUGGCAGGAGUUCUUCCAGACAUCGAGAAUUAUUUUCAGAUUGAUGAUGGAAAGUCUGGUUUGCUACAAACUGUUUUCAUCUGCAGCUAUAUGUUCCUGGCCCCGCUCUUUGGUUACCUUGGCGACCGCUACAACAGGAAGUUGAUCAUGAGUUGUGGAAUCACAUUCUGGUCUUUGGUGACACUGGCCAGUUCGUACACACCCAGAGACUACUUCUGGUUGCUGCUGCUCACCCGGGGUCUGGUGGGUGUGGGGGAGGCCAGUUACUCCACCAUUGCUCCCACCAUCAUCGCCGACCUUUACGUGAAGGAGAAGAGAACCAACAUGCUGUCCAUCUUUUAUUUUGCCAUUCCAGUUGGCAGUGGACUGGGUUACAUCGUGGGAUCACAGGUCGGGAGAAUUGCAAAUGACUGGCACUCUGCUCUGAGGGUGACUCCAGCCCUGGGCCUGGUCGCAGUCGUGCUUCUGAUCUUCGUGGUCCAGGAACCCAAACGAGGGGCCAUCGAGGCCCGACCCGAGCAUCAGCUGCACCGGACCAGCUGGAUGACGGACCUUCAGGUGCUCAGCGGGAACUGCAGUUUUGUCUUGUCCACUCUGGGCUUCACAGCCGUGGCCUUCGUCACCGGGUCUCUGGCUCUGUGGGCCCCCACCUUCCUGCUCAGGGCCACCAUCUUCUCUGGGGUAAAGGCCCCGUGUGUGGACGGACACUGCUCCACCACUGACAGCCUGAUUUUUGGAUCAAUCACCUGCGUGACGGGUGUGCUGGGCGUGGCCAGUGGCGUCCUGGUGAGUCGUCACCUGAGAAAGGUAACGCCCAGAGCCGACCCGCUGGUCUGUGCGGCCGGACUGCUGAUGUCGGCGCCCUUCCUUUACCUGGCCAUUGUUUUCGCCGAAACCAGUAUCGUCGCCACAUACGUGUUCAUCUUCCUGGGGGAAACCUUCCUGAGCAUGAACUGGGCCAUCGUGGCCGACAUCCUGUUGUACGUGGUCGUUCCCACGCGACGCUCCACGGCCGAAGCACUACAGAUCGUCAUCUCACAUCUGCUGGGAGACGCCGGGAGCCCCUACGUGAUUGGAGUGGUUUCGGACUCUCUGAGGAGAACUGACUCCUACCUGUGGCAGUUCCGCUCACUGCAGCUGUCUCUGCUGCUCUGUGCCUUCGUGGCGGUGAUCGGCGGAGCCUUCUUCCUGGCGACCGCUCUGUUCAUAGAGAGAGAUCGGCAUCGAGCUGAAAAGACCUGUACAGAUGACGAACCCAUCGUCGUCCCUCAGAGCGGUCGCUCCACUUCGGUCCCAGUUUCCAGCGUCCUGAUCUGAUGUCACUACACGUUUCCUGGAUUCUCUGCCAUGCAGAAAUAUUUUAGGACGAGACUUUUUAAUGUUUUUUGUCGUAGCUAACAGUUUUAUAUAAUGUCCUUUGGAUGAUGUCAUUCGUCAGGACGACAUCUGUUUUUAAAAACAGGAUCUGAUUUUUUUUUUUUAUGUUAUUGUUAUUAGGUUCUGACCUCGGGACAGCUGUUGUGCUGCUGUUCGACAGAACCUUCUCAGCUUUUUUAACUGUGGCUGAUUCUUCAGGACAUUGAGUGAAGUUUUAUUUCUAAUGUGCCACAAACUUUAACUAAUAUUUAAAGGAAAGUCGAGAGGAUCGGAGUGUGUUGGUGAAACCAACAGGCUGAAGGCGGUGAAACGAAACGUGAUGAAGAAAUUUCACUGAUUUUCUCUACGGACUCUGGUGUCCAUGAACGAUGGCAUUAAUACUAGUUAUUAAGGAAUAAAAAACACUCUGGGAAAAUGACGCAGAUCACGUGUAUCUGACCUCCUGUUGUCAUGUUUUUUCCAAACUGAAAGAAGGUUGAAACGGUUGUUUGUGUGAGGAUGGAAUUAUUAUUAAAGUUGGAUGAAAACAAA